AAGAGUGGGCGGGAGACACAGAAAGGGAGAGAGACACACCGAGGAAAGAGGGAAAGAGAAGAAAGUGUCCGUUACACCGGGUGGAUUUUUCCAGAGCACCGAUGUUGGAACACUCUUCUGAGCUGGCCCUGGUGCAGAGUCUGUAUGCCAACAGCAUGCGCUGUCCCCCCUCUGCGGCCGGGAUCUCAGUCAGGAAUGAGGACCUGCCUAUGAGCAACGGCAGCAGCAGCAAGAUGAACGGGUCGUUGGAGCACUUGGACCAGCCAGACCCUGACUCCAUCAAGAUGUUUGUUGGACAGAUCCCCCGCUCCUGGUCAGAAACAGAACUUAAAGAGCUAUUUGAGCCCUUUGGAGCCGUGCACCAGAUAAACAUUCUUCGUGAUCGCACUCAGAAUCCUCCUCAGAGCAAAGGAUGCUGUUUUGUAACUUUUUAUACAAGAAAAGCUGCACUGGAGGCCCAGAAUGCACUGCACAACAUAAAGACCUUAAGUGGGAUGCAUCAUCCUAUCCAGAUGAAACCCGCUGACAGUGAGAAAACAAGUGCGGUAGAAGACAGAAAACUCUUUGUCGGCAUGGUUUCAAAGAAAUACGGUGAGAACGAGGUCAGAAUGAUGUUCUCGUCUUUCGGACAGAUCGAAGAGUGCCGAAUACUUCGGGGACCGGAUGGUCAGAGCAGAGGCUGUGCGUUUGUCACAUUUGCUACCAGGGCAAUGGCACAGAAUGCAAUCAAAACCAUGCAUCACUCUCAAACUAUGGAGGGCUGUUCCUCACCUCUGGUGGUGAAGUUUGCCGACACACAGAGAGAUAAGGAGCAACGGCGCCUGCAGCAGCAGCUAGUUCAGCAGAUUCAGCAGCUCAACAGCGCCUCCACCUGGGGAAACCUGGCUGGGCUGGGGACUCUUUCACCGCAGUACCUGGCUCUGCUCCAGCAGGCCACUUCUCUCAGUAACCAAGGAAGUCUCAAUGGUAUUCAAAGGCUAGGAGCGGGUGUGAAUCCACUUCAGCUGCAGAACCUGGCCACAUUAGCUGCCGCUGCGGCUGCAGCUCAGAGUUCUGCCAGCCCAACUUCCACCAGCGCUCUGUCUACAAGCAGCAGUGCCCUGGGAGCACUUGCCAGUCCAGUUGGGUCAACAGCAGGGUCCAGUGCUGCCGCUGCCGUGAACCCCUUGGCAUCUCUGGGGACUCUGCAAGGUCUCACUGGGACCUCUGUGGGCCUCAACAACCUUAACGCUCUCACCAGCAGCGUCAGUGGUAUGGGGGCCAUGAACGGGGGUCUGGGAGCCUCCAUGGCCAACGGGUCAGCAGCCAGCUCUAUGGAUGCCCUAACCCAGGCCUACUCAGGGAUGCAGCAGUACACAGCGUCUGCCCUGCCCGCCCUCUACAGCCAGUCUCUCCUUCAGCAGAGUGUGGCUGGCAGUCAGAAGGAAGUAGGGCCAGAGGGCGCCAACCUGUUCAUCUAUCACCUGCCCCAGGAGUGUGGGGACCAGGAUCUUCUGCAGAUGUUCAUGCCUUUUGGAAAUGUGGUCUCUGCCAAAGUUUUCAUUGACAAACAGACCAAUCUGAGCAAGUGCUUUGGGUUCGUCAGCUAUGACAAUCCUGUGUCUGCACAAGCUGCCAUCCAGGCCAUGAAUGGUUUCCAGAUUGGCAUGAAGAGGCUGAAGGUUCAGCUGAAACGCUCCAAGAACGACAGCAAACCCUACUGAUCCUAGCCCCGGGGCCUUCCCCCUCCCCAGCUCUAAAGCUAGCACUGCUAGGGUAAGUUCACCCUCCAGCCACGGUCACCACAGCAGAGACUCAGUGGGGCAAGGGGACAGAAGCCCAUCACAGGAGGGAGACUCGGCCUAUUCCUAAAAAAAGAAAAAAAAAUGUUUGCAAUGAUCUUUCCACAUUUUUGCUGUAUUUCAUUCCUGCGGUUUUGUCAUGUAAUUUGAAUCUGAUUUAGUAUUUUAAUGUAUAUGAUUAUUUAUGACUAUCACUGGAGUCGGUGUUCGCUGGAGGUAUUUUGUGUCACUGUAUUUAGUGGAGAGCAUCAGAUAUUUCCAUGCCAUUUCAUUGCCUUCAGGUCAAGCUAGACAGGUUGACUAAGGAUCAGUUGUUGUUUCUGAAGCUAGGUCACAAGGACCCCCGAACCCAGAGCUUUAGCCUGUGUUUGGCUGUUUACGUGCAGUUUGUCUCAUCCGUAUCAUUUUCAAUGUGAAACUCUUUUCUACGCUAGAUUUUCCAGUCUUCACCACACCUCUCUUCUACCCCCUCCCCUCUGUUUCUCUCUCUGUCAUCUUUCAUUAUCUAAGCCAUGUUGAGCUAGGCUACCUCUCUGCGUCUUUAUUAACAACCUCUUCCAGUCAUUCCAUCCAUCCUCCAAGUCUCCCACAAGGGACUGGCUCUAGAUGGAUCUCUUUGGGUGCCAAGUAUACAGUUUGUGCAUGUUGGAGUCUCUGCCAUAUGUCCUGGUGGUGUCACUUCCUUAAAUCUGUGUAUUAUUGUUUUGUUUUUGUUUGUUUUUUUUGUGCGUUGGGAGAGGGGGGUGUUUGCCCCUCCCCCCUGUUGUCCUUACUGUAUAUGUGGUGACUGGCAUUAUUUUUGUUUUUUGUGCCUCAUGGCUAAAUGAUUCUUGUGCUGUGCCCUAACUUUCUCUUCUCUCCUCUUUGUCCUCUCUCUUUCUCUCUCUCCUCUCUUCCUUUUGUGUUUUUGUUCCUUUUUAGAACAAAUCUCCAUGCCUGUUUGCUCAUCAUUAGCCUAGCAUGUCUUCAUGAUGUUGAAAGCCAAGCCAAACUCCUGGCCCACAUCAUCCCACCAUUGUCUGUGAUGUCUCUCUAAGCUCGCCUGACCAAUACCUGGCCACCCACUGACCUUGACCUUAGCUCAACCUGAUUUUUCUGCAUGUAUAUUCAUUUUUGUUUUUGUUUGCUUUUUCUGUAUAGAAAUGUGACGGGUGGGAGAGAGGUCAAGCAAAUCAAUGUGAAAACUUUACCUAGGUUAAGUUCAUUUGAGUGACCUGUUUUUUGUUUUUGCGAAUGUUUUAAAAAGAAAAAACCUGUGGGAUUUCUUACUUUUAAUUUAGCUUUGUGGGACUUUUUUUUUUUUUAAUGUUUUUUCUUUUUACCUCUCUCAGUAAAGCUCACUUGAAAGUUGAAUACAGGGAUUGGCACACAGCUGUGCUAUUUGGUGCCAUUAGCAAUAUGUUGGCUUCUUAAAAAAAUGCUACAGACCACUUUCCAACACUUUUGAAAGUCUGACCAUUAAAAUCCCUCUCAGUGCUCUGUAAUGAUCUCUACAUUUUGCAGGCAGCGCGAAGAUUUACACCAAGGCUAUUUAAAAAAAAAUAAAUAAAUUAAAAAAAAAAAAAAAAUUCAUUUAUAAAAAUAUCCAGUGUUUUUCUUUUUCUUUGAUUUCUUUUUGGGUUUUUUGUUUUUGAACUAUUGAUGGCACAAUAAAAGGUACAUUGCUCUGUUGAGAGAAAUGACUACCUACAUGAGUCAACUUUUUUAGAACUGAUUCACAAAUAGACAAUCUGUGGUUUAAAUGCACACUUAGAUUAACUAUAUUUUAUACCAUUGAAUCUAUAGAAGUUUAACUAACAGAACCCAGGCAAAAACGUUGGGUUUUUUGUAGAUUACGUUGUAAUGUCAUCUGUGUUUGGGCAGGGAGGGGGGGCAGGGGCGGGAGGGUCUUCAGUGUACUACAUUUUUAAAGAGGACUAAAAAUCUGUUUGAUCAGCAUGACCAUUUGAGGGUCAUUUCUAGUAAAUUAAAAAGUUCAAAAUUCCUCUGCUUUAAUUGUAAUUUUGUUUUCUGGUUUAAAUUCUUUUUUUUUUUUUUCUUUUAAGGGUCAUAUUUUGAGCCUUCCCCCCCAUUUUUUUUUUUUCUUUUUUAUAUCCCUGCUAAACUUCCAUGGUACGUACAUCUUGUCAACUUUCUGUGAAUUUCUCUUUGCUAAUUUAAUUAAUGAAUUUUUCACUUUGGUUUUGUUUGGAUGCCUCGUUGAGAGAUGAUUUACAAUGUCUGUUAAUCAUACAGAUGCCAGACAAUGUUGUUCUGUUGGAUUUUGUUGUUGAAGUGCCCAUGUGUCAAAUAUUUCUUGCGCUUUUUUUUUUUUUUAAACUCACCACUUUGUUUGCUGUAAUAUUACCUAGUUUGUCUGUACACACACACACACGCUGCAACACAUGCAAACACACACAAACACUCUUUCGUGGUUGCAAAUGUGGGAGCCCCUGAAGAGGAGAAAACUCGGACACAACACGCAACCUGUGGGUCUCUGCACGUUUUGUUUUUCUUUCCUCUUUCUUUUAAAAACAUGCACUCGUGUGAUGCUCAAGAAGUCACACAGCACAUUAAAUCGACUUAUUCCACCACAGUAGUGUUGGUUUACAAAUAACAUUCCAUUUUUCUCAGCACGAAAGUUUACACUUUUUUUAUCAGGGUGGCAUUUUUGUGUGACGACCCUGGUAAAACAACCACUUCACCCUCCCCUUUCCCCCAAAGAAAGGGUUCCCUAAAACUGCGUACCUGAUGGCGCUAAAGAGUUGUCAGCUCAGGGCUUCUUUUUUUUUUUUUUUUUUUCUUUUUUGUGUGUGCGUGGGGGGGGGAACUAGACACUGACGCAGGAUUACCACACAAAAUGCACCGUUAACCACCAUUUGACUUUCUUUUCAGUUGGGAUUCUUCCCCUUUUUCUCUAAACUUAAAUAUUCCUACACAAAAUAAACAAAAGGAAGGUACCAAAUUUGAACCGGUGCUGGAGGGGGGGUGUUAUAGUUUUGUAAGGAGAUGUUAAGCACAAUUGUGGGAGCUAAUCACUUUUGCAGAAUGUCGUGUGUAUGUGUGGUUACGAUCCCAAAUUUUUCCAAGGUACCACUGAUUUCUCUUUUAAUAUGGGCAUGUGCUUUUUACAGUAUUUUUGUUUUGUUUUCUAUCCAAAUGCAAUACAAUAUUCAAAGUGCCAUAUAUACGUCUAGAAACUGCCUACACAUUAUUAGGCCUUGGUUUAGAGAUUGCUGCAGUUCGCCUUUCUAUUUUGUUUUGGGUUUGUUUGUUUUUUCUUUUGGGUCUAUUUAUGCCAGUGUCAUGAAAGCUCUUGUCACCUGCUAAUGUCUCCCCUUCUCCUUCGCCUUUACUGUGUUGAGUUAUUGGUAAAUGUGUAUUGUGAUGUACUCAAUUUGAACAGUUGGUUUAAAACGUUGUAGAUAAACAAUAAACUUCCCUAUACAUUUGAAGGUUAAACGUCUUUCUUAGUGAGUGCGAGCGCGUGUGACACUUGGCGAUACAAACCGUGGGGGAUCACGCGUGUUUUGGUGGUGGUGGGAUAUUUUUGAAUUUAAUAAAACAGAGGUACAGUGCAGAAGAGUCAGUGUGGGUGCCAUGUGUCGGCCACUGAAAUGACUGCAGGUCUGUGGUGACGCAGUGCAUGGUGAAGUGUUACUGUGAGUGAAUAUAGUUUAAAAAAACUUAAAGGGGGGGGGGG